AUGCCAUCUGAUGAUGGCAUGGUUGAAUUUUUCGGUUUCCAACAUCUUCGAGUUUUGGAUUUGAGUUAUUGUGAGCUCACUGGUCCAGUACCUGUAUGGUUAUCUAAGCUCAAGAAGCUACAGAUCUUGAAUCUGAUUCAUAAUAGGAUCACAGGCAUCAAUGGAAACAUACCGAAAGAGAUAGGCCAAUUGAAGCUUCUCCAUGUGUUGGAUCUUGAUGUCAACAACUUCUCCAGCAGCAUUCCAGACCAAAUAUCUAACCUCAAAAAGUUGGAGACGUUAGAUGUCUCCAUGAAUCAUUUGUAUGGAAACAUCCCAGCGUCAUUGACGAGCCUCAAUUUCUUGAAAGAUUUUAACUGCUCAUACAAUAAUCUGGAAGGACCAAUACCAAGAAGCACUCAGCUCCAAAUCUUCAAUGCCUCUGCAUUUGAGGGGAAUCCGAAACUUUGCAGUGCCCCACUUCCAAAUGAAUGCAGACCAAUUAAUGAUGUUGGCACAGAUAAUAAGAACAAUCAAGAUGAGCAUAAUGGGCAUAAUAUUCCAUGGUUUCAUAUUUUCGUUGUGUCUGAGUUCACUGUAGAAUUUUGGGGGAGUGUUUGGUACUUUAAUGCUUAA